CAAUCAGGUACAAUAGUGUCUCAAACCAGCAAUAGGGCUUAGGGCUCUGUCCAAUGAAACUCCCUGUGACAAGCCGAGGUCCAUGGGAGCUCACCCUUAGUGAUAAGCUAACGAGACCCUGACACUCAUUCACUUCUCCUCGUGGAAUAAGAGUAUCAGAGCGGAUUGUUUGAGGCCACAAUCAAAUCCUUAAUUACACAUUGUCCUCGAUCGACACGCGACCAUGCCAGGAGCCACGGAUACCCGCAAGUCCGUGCUGAUCACAGGGUGCUCUCCCGGUGGUAUUGGAAACUCUCUUGCACGCGAGUUCCACCGCAAUGGAUUGCGCGUAUUUGCCACGGCUCGACAGGCCGCUACCAUCGCCGACUUGGCCGAGCUCGGCAUCGAGACACUGAGCCUGGUCGUCGAUGACGAGAAGAGUGUCAAGGCAUGCUUUGCCGAUGUCGAGACUAGACUGGGGGAUAAGGGUCUUGACUAUCUCGUGAACAAUGCCGGCCGAAACUAUACGGUCCCUGCCAUGGAGGUGGAGCUGGAUGAGGCCCGUCUCACAUUUGAGACUAACCUCUUCUCCGUCAUCAGCAUGUGCCAGACUUUCUUGCCGCUGCUGAUUAAAGCCAAGGGCACUAUCGUACAGAUUGGUUCUAUUGCUGGAAUCAUCCCCUACGUCUUCGGCUCAGUCUACAAUGCCUCCAAGGCUGCUCUGCACUCCUUCAGUGAUACCCUUCGAGUCGAGUUAGCUCCAUAUGGUGUCAAUGUGAUCACCGUCGUUACCGGCGGCGUACAGUCUCGCGUUGCUCGUACGGAGCGCACCUUGAAGCCAAACUCUCUGUACAUGCCGAUCGAAGAGGAGUACAACCGCCGCGUGGUGCAUAGCCAACAUAAUGCCAUGCCCAAUGAGAAGUAUGCCCGCAGCGUGGUGAACCAGGUGCUGUAUGGAUCAGCACCAUGGCGCUGGCUCUGGCCCUGGGCACAGGGUCGCAAGACCACGAUCUGGGAGGGUCACCGUAGCUGGGUGAUUUGGCUUCUGGUGGGUGGAUUUGCCUGGAAUGGGCUCUUUGGCCGAAUGAUGACCAAUAUGUUCAAGUUGUGGAAGAUCAAGGCGGCUUUGAAGAAGUAGAAGGAUCGUGUAUGGUGGAAGAUAAUAGUAGUUCUGAUAGUUGAGAUGGGUACUCUUUAUACUUUGAAAUAUUCCUUGUAUACAAAAAACCGAAAUAAUAGUUCACUAUGUAACACAA